AGGAGGCAGAAGCUAAACCUGCAUUAUAUGCUCUGGCAAGAAAAUGCUUUUGUAAAUACUAUAGACACCUACAUAGCAUUUCAGAAGUUAUUGGAAAAAAUGGAUUAUUUGGGCAGGAGAAAAGGCCUACAGAUUAUGUCCCAGCAUCUAAACUUUGCAAAUCCCAUUUCCUGACUCAAAAGUCUUGCAUUUAAAUGCUUCCUUUGCAGAUACAGUGGAACCUUGGUUUUCGAGCGUCUUGGAAGCUGAAUGUUUCGGUUUUCGAACGCCGAAAACCCAUAAGUAAUUGCUUCCAUUUUUGAACGCACCUCAGAAGUCAAACAGCUUCCAAGGCACGUUUCUCAAUUUUCUCCAUUGAAAUUGCUGACCGCAAUUGUGCCUCAGUUGUCGAACGUUUCGGAAGUUGAACGGUCUUCCGGAACAGAUUACGUUUGACAACCGAGGUUCCACUGUACAGUCCAGGAGAGCUGCCACACAUGGGCAUUAUAUUUAACUACAGUAACAUUAAACUGGAUUCAACAGUUUGGAAAAAGCACUGAAUGUUUAAACAGAUAAAAAAUACAGACAAUUAAGAAGCACAUUAUAACCCAUUUCCAUGUGCAUUUUGCACAUUUUUAUGAAGAGACUGUGAACACUCUAUUUCCUCUGUUUCUAAAUAUACUAUCUAUUAGUGUUAACAGUGUGUUAAUCAUUAUCCCAAAAUGUGAUAAGAUGUUAGUUCCUUUCUUUUAUUGAGUGGAAACAGUUGUUUACUUACUGGUUCUACUAAGGAACAGAACGAUCUUUUCAAUGCAUUUGUAAGCAUCAAGGUAAAUAUUAGUGAACAAACAUUUAGUUUUUUAAUGCUGGAGAACAUGGGUGAUAAUAGGAGUCAAUAGGGGUCAUUGUGGUAUAUCUACUAUAUGCAAGGUAUUAAUCAGUGAACUUCUAAUCUCUACUGUUUAGUACAAGGAUUAUAUUUUAGUCAAAAAGUAUCAGACUAACCUACAAUACCAGCAUCACAGGAGACAAAAAAAGUACCAUUUAGCAAAGUCUAAAAAUGAGUAAAACUGAAAAAAGUUUGGAGUGUGAUGAUUUUGCUAAGAAAAGAAAUGGGCCACAAGGAAAGCGAUAAGUACCUCUCCCCUGUCCAUCUCUGAAAUUCUGAUCCAGAUGGCAACUUCCUGCAAUCUGCUUUGGAUUUAAAAAACACAAAGCAAAAACCCUUCAAUGAAAUCAUCCACUUGACUCAGUAUCAUCAUGGUUCCAUGAUGCUCAACUCAACAUGGUGAUAAUGGUAAAAGGUUCACUCUACCACACAGUUACAUAGGAAGUGGAUCACAUAUAGCUAUCCCAGGACAUGCCCCAAAGGAUGAAGAAUCAAAGGAAAUUAAGAGCAACCCAGUGUUAGUCUCCCUUGGUUGUAUGGACGAGAGGAACGGGAUCUUUGGGAAAGACAAAAGUCAGCAAGAUCUUUGCAGCUUGCAGAGAUCAGAUGUUGUUUUAGUGAUCAUAAGCAGUGAAAGCAAUAUAUAUAAGAAGGGAGAAGUGCUGACCUGAGGGUUUGCUUUCAUCGUCAGAGAUAACUUAAAACAGAUCCAGAGAUUGUGAAUACAUAAAAUCAGACUUACUUUGGGCCUGCUUACAAAUGGAGAGAAUCUCAGAGCCACACACAUUUUCCAGAAGUAAAACAGGACUGUAGCAAGAUACCUCUGCUUCAUCACCUUGAACUGUCUGCAACAGUGACUUUAUCCAUGAUAAUGAAAAAUUCAGUGGUCUCAGAAACUGACAUGGUUAUCUCAAAUUAGGUGGUAUAAUAUACAACAGUCAAGCAUAUGGAAAAGACAAGUGGAAAUCUGUUAUCAGUCAGAUACCGUUUUGACAAGAUGAAGGCUGCGGUGCUAGGGAUGCUUUUGCUCUCUCUCUUUAUGGCCAUUUCUGAAGUAGCAGCUGAAAGAAGACUCUGCGGAAGGGACCUUGUAAGAGCUGUCGUCUUUACUUGCGGAGGGUCUCGCUGGAGGAGGCAGCUGACUCACUUUCCAAAAAGUCUCACAGGUCAAGAAAGCCACCUGAAUUCACCACUUGACACUAAUGACUCAACAGGUGCCAAUGAAAAGGUGAUCCAAAAGCCAGAAUACCUAAGCAAAGAAUUCAUCCAGUCCAGUUCUGAAGCUGAAGGAGAUCUGUGGGGCAUGGAACAAAAGUCUAUACACAAAAGGAAUGAAGAUAUUAUGCGACUCAUAGACCUUUGCUGUCUGGUCGGCUGUAGCGACAGCACUGUAAGUUCACUGUGCUGAAAAUGUAUCAGACAGUGGCAUGCAUGCUAUUUCAUAGCUAACAAUACAUCAGAAACAUCUUGAAAUAGGUAUUUUUGAUAUCCUACUUUGUAGUUCCGAGCUCUGAAGUACUUCCUAAGUGCCAUUCCAUUUGGGAUACUGUACAAAUUGAGAAACGGUCUUUUAACAUCUGUAUUUCAAACAGCUCUCUUUUUUGUAGUUCCUGCUUUCACAAUAAAUUUGCAGCUCACAACAUG